AUGGGCGGUGCCGAAUCAAAAGAAGCUCACCGGAAAAUUCAUAAUGCCUCGCUUGACGGGGUGACAUUCCCCAAGACUCUUGAGCUCAAAUACGACCCCUCAUGGAAGAAACUCAGCCUAUCCCUCUUCCAUGGCUCUGAGCCGCUCUACACAUUCAACCUCCCAGAAGGUUGGUGGGGGGACCUCAUCAUGUACAACGGCCCUACCCUGGAACAUCCCCCGCUCGCAGCAGUGCGCAACUCUGGCAAGACGGCCAUGGGGAAUGUCGUCACGCUGCCUCCUCUCGGGCCUGGUCAGGAAGUCAUUGAGGAGAAAAUGUCACACCGGAGGAAGGGUUUCAAUUACCUGUAUUCUUUUGCCGUGCCCGUGCCCGAGAGAGAGGGGGAGAAAACAACGCGACGUGUCGAGCGGUUUGAGUGGGUGGGCAGCGGCGGGAAAGAAGUCAAGGACUUGCAUGAAUGGACCCAUGGAUGGAAACUGAGGCGAGUCACGGAGAGUUACGCGGAUGCAUAUGCGGGCUCGGACGACGAGAAGGAUGACGGAGAGGCAACAACGUAUGAGAACACGGACGGAGAGAUCCUGGCCGUCUGGGCAGAUGCGACUAUGAGUGUGAAAAAGGCUGCCAAGUUCGAGUUCAUUAAUAGUGGAGCGACCGGUGAGCUGGGGGAGGCGUGGGCACUCAUGGCGAUCGUCACAUUUGUGAGGGUAUGGCAGAGAUGCAUGCAGGUGGUCGUGGUGUAG